AUGGCUUGCGCUCACUGUUCAGAGUUCUUUCUCGACGUAUCCGAACAGACAGCCCAAAAGGCGACGGCAUGUUCGACCUCUAAUGAAGACGAAUGGCAUAUCGUUUCGUCUUCUAAACUGGAACCCGCGCAGCGUUCAAAGCCGGAGGAUAGCGACCUGUCAUGUAUCUUCGCCUACCAGCUUAUUCCAGGCCGCGGCGACCCCAUCUAUCAAGCAGCCGUAGGAAUAUCGAUCAAGUCAGGCACCAUCACCUAUGUUGGCAAACAAGCCGACAUUGACGAUGAGCUUGCGGCUGCCCCCAGAACCCACGUCGCCUGUCUUAUGUCCGGUCUCUGGGAUUGCCACAUACACUACUGUGGCAUUGGCAAAGUCGACUAUCCCGAGAUAAUCCUCAAUCAUCCCGCUGCGGCUGGCGCGGCCAUCGCCCGCGGCUUCUACGAUACUCUCAUGUCCGGCGUCACCAGCGUGAAGGAGCUCUCCGGUUACGGCCUCGAAGCGUACGCUGCCGUCAAAGCUGGUUACAUCAUGGGACCAACUGUUUAUGGCGCCGGCGCUGCCCUCGGUAUGACGGGCGGGGGUUGCGAUGCUGUCACUCUACCUCUCGAUACGGUGUGGUCGCGGCAAGGUACGGAUAAUGCCGGUCAACGACUUUGGCCUGGCCAAUCCAUUUUCGCGUUGGCAGAUGGUGUUGAAGAGUGCCGAAAGGCUGUCCGCCAGCAGAUCCGUCGUGGGGCGACUGUCAUUAAGGUGCUAGCCACUGGCAGCGUGAUGAGUGUCAACGAAGACCCCAGCUUUCGGUCUUACUCUGACGAAGAGCUUCGGGUUAUUGUGAACGAGGCUGCAAUGCAAGGGAGGACUGUUGCUGCCCAUGCCCAUGGCAAGCAAGGCAUCAUCGCUGCGGUGAAGGCUGGAGUUCGGACUAUCGAGCACGGAAGCUACAUUGACGAGGAAGUUGCCCAGUUGAUGGUUAAGCACGGUGUGACUCUGGUAGCCACCGCCUACAUCACUCAUGCCGGUCUCAAGAAGCUCGAUCGCAUGCCCCCUGAGACAGCGGCGAAACUGAAGCACAUAGCCAGCAUAGCCCACAAGGCCUACCGUACAGCGGUCAAUGUGGGGGUAAAGAUUGCUCUCGGAACCGACAUUUGCUCCAGCGACCCUCGGGACCUUCUAUCCCCUGGGCACAGCUGUGAAGAAGUCUAUUUAGCAACGAAGGCCGGCUUAACUCCACUACAAGCCAUCGAAGCUGCCACCAUUAAUGCUGCGGAGACACUUGGGGCUUUCACACCAAAGAAGGGACUUGUGAAAUUAGGAUGGGACGCUGAUCUCAUUGCUUUUGAUGCUGAUCCCCUGGAGAACAUGAAGCUUUUUGUAGACCGCGACAAUCUACGAGUCUGGAUGCCUACGAAGAUAUGA